CAAUGAAUUCGGCCUUGCACGGUGUCUGGUGCAAUGUCAUCACCUCAGUAACUGGCAUUUACUGAGCAAAAAUACACAGGGCUGUCAACAACACACAUCUACAGGCUAACGAAUGUAACCUCGGGUGUUUAGGCAAAAGUAAACGGAGAGGAAAUGUGAAGCCAUCGUUUUAAUAAAGGAGGAAUUUUAUACGCCGACUAAGGACAGCCCAUGAAGUUCACAUACGGAGCCUUGCUUUUAUAAGGUCCUGCAGUAGUUCUGGUCAGUCUCCAGUCUCCUCUCUAAAUGGCGAUAGCACGCCAGUUUGGAUUACUCCUGUGGAAGAACUACAUUCAGCAGAAGCGUCAGAUCCUGGUGACUCUCGUGGAGAUCGCCCUGCCCCUGCUCUUCGCGGGCAUCCUCAUUGUGCUGCGUCAGCGCGUGCCCUUCAAGGACUACCCCAACGCCACCCUCUACCAGAGCUUCUCUGUGGAUGGCCUGCCCAACCCACUGGACCAGUUCUACCAUCACUACCAGUUGGCCUACGUGCCGGGCAACGCCAGUGUGGUGCGGAGGGUGGCGGAGGACGUGCAGCGCAGCCUAGGCCCCGCCAUCAGUUCAGUGCGUGGGUUUGAGACGGAGGAGCAGUUUGAGGACUUUGUGAGGAAGGACCCUCUGUCUCGGAAGGUUCUGGCUGCUGUGGUGUUUGAGCACUCCUUCACUCACGAUGACGAGCCACUGCCCCAACAGGUCAGCUACCACCUACGGUUCACCUUUAGUCCCCGUAACGCCCCGGCCAAGGAGAAGUCUGAGCUAAACAUCAACAAUGACUUUGACUGGCACACCCUCAACCUGUUCCCCCUCUUCCAACUUCCCGGUCCCAGGGAGCAGUACGACCUCCAGGGGGGCACGCCCGGUUACUUCCGCGAGGGCUUCCUGGCGGUGCAGCAUGCGGUCAACCGGGCCAUCAUGCGUUCCUAUAACAGCACGGGAGCAGCCUGGCUCCUCUCCCGCACCCGGGUGGUCCUCCGCCGGUUCCCCUUCCCACCGUUCAUCUACGACGUGUUCAUACUGGCCAUCCAGAACCAGCUGCCCCUCCUCCUGGUGCUCAGCCUCACCUACACCUCCCUGAACAUCGUGAGGGCCGUGGUGCAGGAGAAGGAGAGGAAGCUCAAGGAGUACAUGCGGAUGAUGGGCCUCAGUAACUGGCUGCACUGGAUGGCCUGGUUCCUCAUGUUCUUCCUCUUCCUCUCCAUCUCCAUGUUCUUCGUCACGCUGCUCUUCUGCAUCAAGGUCAGCCCUAAUGGAGCUGUGUUGACCUAUAGUGACCCCACCCUGGUAUUAGUCUUCCUGCUCGUCUUCGCCGUGGCAACCAUCAACUUCAGCUUCAUGAUCAGUGCCUUCUUCUCAAGAGCCAACGUGGCGGCGGCGGCGGGAGGCUUCAUCUACUUCCUGUCCUACCUGCCGUACCUGUUCCUGUGGCCUCGCUACGACCUGCUUAGCCACGCCCAGAAGGUGUCCGCCUGCCUCAUCUCCAAUGUGGCCAUGGCCAUGGGAGCGCAGCUACUGGGCAUGUUUGAGGGCAAAGGCACGGGGAUCCAGUGGUGUAACCUGUUUGAGCCGGUGACAGUGGACGAUGACUUCUCCCUGGCCCAGGUGCUGGGGCUGCUGCUGCUGGAUGCCCUGCUCUAUGGUCUGGUGGCCUGGUACGUGGAGGCUGUGUUCCCAGGGGAGUACGGAGUCCCCCUGCCCUGCUACUUCUUCCUACUGCCAUCCUACUGGUGCAGUAGCCCCCGCAUGGCCAUGGAGAAGGAAGAGGAGGACGUGGAGAAGGCACUGAAGGGAGAGUUCAUUGAGGAGGAGCCAGCCGGCCUGGUCUCAGGAGUCAAGAUCAAACACCUGAACAAGGAGUUCAAAGUGGGUAACAAGACGUGGCAGGCUGUCAAGGACCUGACGGUGAACAUGUUCGAGGGCCAGAUCACGGUUCUGCUGGGGCACAAUGGAGCCGGAAAGACGACCACACUGUCCAUGCUGACAGGUCUGUUUCCUCCCAGCAGUGGCAGGGCAUACAUUAACGGCUAUGACAUCUGUCAGGACAUGGCUCUGAUUCGCCACAGCCUGGGCCUGUGUCCGCAGCACGACGUGCUCUUUGACAACCUCACUGUCCGGGAGCACCUGCUCUUCUACGCACAGCUGAAGGGGUAUUCCCAGGAGAAGAUUCCGGCGGAAGUGGACCGGAUCAUCAGGAUCCUGAACCUGGAGGACAAACGGCAUUCCCACUCCAAGACCCUGUCAGGUGGGAUGAAGAGGAAACUAUCCAUCGGCAUCGGCCUCAUCGGAGACUCCAAGGUGGUGAUGCUGGAUGAGCCCACGUCGGGCAUGGACCCGUCGGCGCGGCGGGCCACCUGGGACCUGCUCCAGGGCGAGAAACGCGGGCGCACCAUCCUGCUGACUACGCACUUCAUGGACGAGGCCGACCUGCUGGGGGACCGUAUAGCCAUCAUGGCCGGGGGAGAGCUGCAGUGCUGCGGGUCGCCGCUGUUUCUCAAGAACAAAUACGGUGCUGGCUACCACAUGGUGAUCGUGAAGGACGCGCUGUGCAACGUGUCUGAGAUCACACGGCUGGUCCACAUGUACGUUCCCAAUGCCACGCUGGAGAGCAGUGCCGGGGCUGAGCUCUCAUACAUACUGCCCAAAGAGAGCACCAACAGGUUUGAGCUGCUGUUUGCAGAGCUGGAGAUGAACAGAGAGGAGCUGGGCAUCGCCAGCUAUGGAGCCUCUGUCACCACCAUGGAGGAGGUCUUCCUCAGAGUGGGGAAGCUGGUGGAUUCUAGCCUGGACAUCCAGGCCAUCCAGCUGCCGGCGCUGCAGUACCAACACGAGAGACGCUCCCACGACUGGACCUUGGACGACGCCAGCAGCUACAGCGCCAUGACCGACGUUACCGACUUCACUGACAGCGGCACGCUCAUCUCUGAGGACUGCUCCAACAUCAAGCUCAACACAGGGGCCAGACUGUACAUGCAGCAGUUCUAUGCCAUGUUCCUGAAGCGGGCGCUCUAUAGCUGGAGGAACUGGAAGGUGAUUGUUGCCCAGUUCCUGGUGCCCCUGGUGUUCACCGUGCUGGCCCUGGUGGUGGCGAAGACCUUCCCCGGGCGCCACGACUCACCGCAGUUGAGGCUGGCACUGGGCCACUACGGGCCCACCACCGUACCCGUGGCCCUGGAGCCCGGCAAGGGACCUCUGGCAAUCGCCCUGGCACAGGUGUAUUCCUCGCAAUUGGCCGCCCAGAAAGCCCAGGAUGUCAAUAUUAGCGACUUCACUGAGUACGUGCUCACCAAGACCGAGGAGGAGGGCGGGGCAUUCAACGAGCGCUGCGUGGUGGGUGCAUCGUUCUGCGGCGGCACGGGGAAGUUCGCCGAGGUCACGGCCUACUUCAAUAACCAGGGCUACCACACGGCCGCCACGGCCCUGAUGAUGGUGGACAAUACCCUGUUCAAGAUGCUGGCCGGGCCCAACGCCGCGAUUAUGACGGGAAACAUGCCAAUGCCCCGCAACGUCUCCGAGAGUGCUCAGAGUCAGCUGACAGAAGGUCAGACGGGAUUCGCCAUCGCCAUCAACCUGAUGUACGGUAUGGCGUCCCUGUCCAGCACCUUCGCCCUGCUCCUGGUCACCGAGCGCUCAAUCAAAUCCAAGCACGUGCAGCAGGUCAGCGGCGUCUACCUCUCCAACUUCUGGUUCUCUGCACUGCUCUGGGACCUGGUCAACUUCUUCCUGCCCUGCGUGCUCAUGCUGGUGGUGUUCCGGGCGUUUGCGGUCAAGGCCUUCGUAGCGGACAACCACCUGGUUGACGUGUUAUUACUCCUGCUGCUAUACGGCUGGGCCGUCAUCCCCCUCAUGUACCUGCUCAGCUUCCUGUUCUCCACUGCCGCCUCCGCAUACACCCGCCUCACCAUUUUCAACAUCAUCAGCGGCACCGCCACCUUCCUCACCGUCACCAUCAUGACCAUCCCAGAGCUAAAGCUACAGGACCUGUCUCGUAUCCUGGACAAGGUGUUCCUGCUCUUCCCUAACUACUGCCUGGGCAUGUCCUUCAGCCAAUUCUACCAGAACUACCAGUUCAUCACCUUCUGCACCUCCAACCCCAUGGCCACGGGCGUCUGCCGUUUAUUGAACAUCACGUACCAGGAGAACUACUUCUCCAUGUCGGAGCCGGGGGUGGGCCGUUUCCUGGUGGCCCUGUCCCUGCAGGGUGUAGUCUUCAUCACCCUCCUCUUCAUCAUCGAGAUGCAGUGUGUCAAAACCCUCCGCCGCUUCCUCACCCACCUCGCCAGGAGACGUAAACAGCUGCCUCUGAUAGGGGAUGUGGCCCUACUGCCGGAGGACAGGGACGUAGCGGAGGAGAGGAAGAGGGUUCUGGAGUGUCAGCCCAUAGUAGAGUCUAUGGUGGGGAGCCCUCUCAUACUGCAGGACCUCAGCAAGGUCUACAGCAGUGGUGAAACAGCAUUGGCGGUAGACAGACUCUCUCUAGCAGUGGGGAAAGGAGAGUGUUUUGGCCUGCUGGGUUUCAAUGGAGCAGGGAAGACCACCACCUUCAAGAUGCUCACAGGGGACGAGACCGUCACCUCUGGUGAUGCCUACAUUGACGGCUACAGCAUCCUGAGGGAUGUCAAGAAGGUACAGCAGCGGAUUGGCUAUUGCCCGCAGUUCGACGCUGUCCUGGAUCACAUGACAGGAAGAGAAACGCUGUGCAUGUACGCUAGGCUCCGGGGGAUACCAGAGAAAUACGUGUCGGGCUGCGUGGAGAACGUGCUACGGUCCUUACUACUAGAUCCCCAUGCUGACAAACUGUGCCGCAGCUACAGUGGGGGCAAUAAGAGGAAGCUGAGUGCGGCUGUGGCUCUGAUUGGCGGACCCCCGGUCAUCUUCCUGGACGAGCCAUCCACCGGCAUGGACCCAGUUGCUAGGCGACUGCUGUGGGACGCCGUGACGCGCACCCGAGAGUCUGGAAAGGCCAUCAUCAUCACUUCUCACAGUAUGGAGGAAUGCGAGGCCCUGUGCACCAGGCUGGCUGUGAUGGUGAACGGUCAGUUUAAGUGUCUGGGCAGUCCCCAGCACCUGAAGAGUAAGUUUGGCAGCGGCUACACACUGCUGGCUAAAGUACGAGUCGACAAGGAGGUGGAGGACAGCGACCUGCAACUCUUCAAGGACUUCAUCGAGAGCACCUUCCCAGGAAGUCUACUGGCAGAUGAACACCAGGGUAUGGUGCACUACCACUUGACUGACAAGACUCUCACCUGGGCACAGGUGUUUGGCACCCUGGAGGCAGCCAAAGAGAAGUACAACAUCGACGACUACGCUGUGAGCCAGAUCUCCCUGGAACAGGUGUUCCUCAGCUUCGCCCAGUUCCAGCACUGCAGCAGGAAAUAGAUGGAGCGAGGAGGAAGAAGAGGGGGGGAGCUCCAUCUCUCUGUUUCUCUCUCUUUCUCUCUGUCCAUCCGUCGUGUGCAUCUCUCCACUCUGUGUGGAUGACCUGUGUACAUGGACUCGACUAUGUGACGCGCCACUGAGCUAUGCUCAGCUCUUGAUCUACACACACUUACAUACAUAUACACAGACAGACAGACACUGUGCAGUGAUGGAGCAGAGGUUGAAUCCCUGGACACCUGGACUUCAACGUGGCCGUGUUCUUGGACCGCCACACAGACUGGACACGUUGAUCCAAGCCUGGGUCUUAACCAUCAACCACUCCUUUCUCUUCUGUUCAAUCAGUUUGUGUGUGUUGGACAUUUAGGCCAGUCCAGAGGGAAUGUUAGGGAGUUUGGUUUAGGGGGGGGGUCUGCUAUAUGACCAAGUAACCAAUCUUAGAUGUUACAUAUUUCUUGUCUUUGACGUUAAAAGACCAUGUAUACCACUGGAUACCACUGGAUACCACUGGAUACCACUGGAUAUGAGUGGUCUACUGAGAGUCUACUGUGUGACAGACAGGGUUGCCUCCUUUUGUGCACUUGUAUGCAGUGUUGUGUUAUUUAUGAUUUUUGUCUCCUCAUAUGAUUCUUACUUUGGUCCUAAAGAAUUGUGCCCAGUGGGUAUUGUUCGUCACUGAUAUGAUUGAAAUAUACAAUGAAGCAUUUCAAGUGAGGCAAUUGUAAAACAAAUCAACACAAUGGUAGUAGCCCUUAUAGCCUUAUCAGAAACUAUUGAAAGGGUGGAUUUUUUUUUUUUUUUUUGGGUAAAUGCCAUGCGCUAACGCUUGCUCAUCCUUUUUGGUCAGAUGUAAAUGAUGUAAUAGAUUCAUGGUACUGAAGCCACUUCCUGUAGGAAAUCAUUAGAUUGGUUUGCAGAAACGUUGCAGGAACGUUAGCUAACAAUUGCAUAUCUGAAAUAACAACAACCUCUCUGCACUGCAUUGCAUGGCACAAAAAAAAUUUGCUUGGUAUUGAGAUGCCCUCAAACCAUCAUCAAAAUUCCUAAUUGCAAGAUUCACAAAGAAAAAAUGUCUCUCGAAGGAUUUGAGCAUGUUGGACUGUUUGGUUCCUAUGCUUAGCAUUGGGUCUGUCCACUGACUGAAGCACAACUUCCCUUUCUAAGGGCUACAGUAAGUUUGAUGCAGUGUCAUAGUUACAGAAUCACUAAAUACACCUGUUGAGUUAUAUAUUGGUGAACAUGUUGUCAUUCCUGACCUAUAACAGUUAAUUAUUUGACUUUAAGGGAUAGGUCAACGACUUUGUAAAAUGUGAAAUCGCUGAACUAUCCCUUAAAGUGAGGCAUAUUUUGGUUUGUUUACCCACACAAAUGUAACUGCAGCUUAAGCAUUCCAUGUUAACUUUAUUUGUUUGUGUGCUGUCCCUUGACUGCUGUCAAUUAUACUACUACAGUACUACAAUGUUAUUCCUGAAGGCUGAAACAAAAUGACGUUUUUGCUUAUGAAUGUGUAGAUGCAUUACAGCUAUGGACCAAUGCACUGUUACAUCCUCUUAAUAUAGAGCUUAGAGUACUUUACUAUAGAGUAAAGUAACACACCGUCCACUCAACAAAUCAGUCACCUUUUUCCGUCCAUUGGCUGUUGUUCUUUUCAUUUGCAAAGCCUUUCUUAAUGUAAUUGAAUGAAGAGGUUGAAUGAAGCGAAUGCAAGGUUUAAAGACAGUAGCUUCCACUGGAAUGAAAGUAUUUCUGUCCAGACAGAGAAUUCCUGCUUCUUCUUGUCCCAGCAUUCCAUUUAUUUAUUAUUUUUGCUUUGUGGAAAAUGAUUAGGCCUAGUCCAAUAUUUACUCCUCUUGUGUCUAGACAUGCUAACUCUCCUAUGUUAUCCCAAUGCUACACUGGUCGAUGUGGUUAUGUAUCUGAACUAUCAACAGUAAUCAUGGGAGAAUAGUGUAAACGUCUUAAAGGGAUAGUUUUUUGUUGACGUUUCUUACAAAAGUGAACUGUCCCUUUUAAAAUAAUGUUUCUGAUAAUGGUUAACUUAUCAAUGCAACUGACUGUAAAACAGCCUCACACAUGUGAGAGUCAUUGUAACUUGUGAAGAAACGACCAUGGUCUUGUAUUGCUUUCUGAACUGAUGUUAUUGUUAACAAACACCUAUGUAUUGCUGAAGGUGACAUUCCUACUCAUAGCUCACUCAAUCUAACGAGUUGACGCUGUCUUUUUUUAAAAGCACUCUUGAAGUGAACCACUGUAACAAUAGCUGUUUCUGGGAUGGUUGAACUUAAGCAACUGCGUAGGAUAGUUGACAAACUGAUAGUUAGGUGGUUACAGACAACACUUAUUUAGAGGCAGACGUUCAUGCUUGGAAGACAAAAAGUAGGGCUUAUUGAUUAUACAGGGCUCUGUCCUGACAAAUUAUGUUUUUGUUACGUUUCUACAUAUCAUAUAGAUGCACAGUUCACCUAUAUGGACAUGUCUUACAUCUACUUCUUGAGAAUCAACCCAAAUGUCACAUUUUGAGUUAAGUUAAAGAGAACUUGAAAACAUUGUGAUGAUGAUGCAAAUGAUUAGGAUAAAGUACAAUGUAUCAUAUUUAAAAAAGGGAAUCUUCAUCAUUGAAAUCGUAUGUACUGUAUCAUGGAACUAACCUUGUCUACUGUAUAAUACUGCUAUUCUUUUUUUAAUUAAAUUUGCUCUAUGCAAAUAG